AUGGUCCCCCGGGGCGGCUCUACUCAGGCCUGCCCUCCGCCGCCACCGCCCAGGUGCGCGCUGCUUGGCCCGGGUGCUUAAAUAGCGGCGCCAGCUGCGCCUUGGUAGUCCUUGACACCGCGGCCAGCUGUAUAGGACAGGAAGCUGAUUUAAGGACAGAAACAGAAAAGUCUUUAUUGCCUGCGGAAGGACAAGCAAGAUUUAUAUGCUUUGAAAAGAUCUACUGUAGUUUUCUGCCACUUAAUGCUAACAGGAAAAAAAAAACAAAAAACCCCAACUCAUCUGCUUGAGGAGAUUCUGUUGUAAUGUAUCCAGUGGCUGUUCCUGCACCAGGAGGUGAAGGAAAUAAUGGACAACAUGGGAAACUUAUUUUUUUCCUUUUUGUUUUCGGAGCUGUGUUGCUCUGUGCUGGAUUCCUGCUUUCAGUCUUUAUUCUCCAGUCAUGUCCAUCUGGAACCUUCAGUGACUGUAACGAGGUCCUUAAGGCUGCUGGACCUGUGCUGGCUGUAGCUGGACUGGUUUGUGUUUUACUGGCACGAUCAAGGGCCAGGCUGUAUAUAAGACAAAGACAAUUGCAAAAUGAGCAGGUGUACAGCCUUGUUUUUUGUUGUGGGAGCUGCCAGUUUGCCCAGUUUCUCAUAUUUGGAUUCCUGUUUUUAACUAGUGGAAUGCUAAUUAGCAUCCUGGGCAUUUGGGUUCCUGGCUGCAGCCCCAGCUGGCACAGCAUACAGCUCAACCACACCGAAAGCUCUGAUGUGGAUAUCCAGGGCUGUGGAUUCCUGUCACUUCAAAUCAUGGGACCUUUGAUUGUGCUCACUGGGUUGUGUUUCUUCGUGAUAGCUCAUGUUAAAAAGAAACAAAACUUAAAUCUCAACCAAGAAUCUUGUGAAACCGAAGAACAUCCUCAGAGCCCUGAAUCUUUUCAGGUUACAGUAGGUGAUGCUGUAAUGGUAUUCCCUCCUCCACCACCUCCUUAUUUUGCUGACCCUGUGUCACCAACUGUGACACGUUGUCUUAUGUCAAGUGGUUUGCCUACAAGUGAAAAUCCUCCACCAUACCACUCUAUCUUCAGUGAUGGAGCACAGCUUGCAGAUGAUGAAAGAACAGUUGCUGUUAGAGACUAUGAAACCAUAUAUACAAUUUCUGGAAGCAGCUCACCUUCAGAUAUUUUACCAAUGCUAUACCUCGCCUCUGAAUCACCUCCAAAAUAUGAAGACAAAGCGUCAAUAACAAAUAAUGAAUAUUCUCCAUCUUCUUCUUCAUCUUCUUCAUCUAUUUCUUUAGCCACAUCUGACACCAGCUCAUAGAGGACUGUCAGUUAGACUUAAUUUUUAAAUUAAAUUGUACACUCAGAUUUACAAUUUUUGAAUUUAUUUAUGUUUUGUAAUAAAAGCAAUAAUGUUGUCUGUGUCUAAUUUUUCAUCAAAAAGUAUAAAUGAUGAAUUUGGGUUUCGAGAAAUAGUAGAUAAUGCUAGGCUUCUGAGCAAGCAGUCUGAGGGGAUUCAGUUCACUGCAAGAAUGUUAAAUGCUCAUUUUGUUCUGUUACAGCUUCAGUUUCUAUUUUUAGUUGUUCUUUAUAUAAUGGUGGCGCUAAGUAGAGACCAACUUUUUUUGCUUAUUUUAAUUAAAUCUGUUUGGAGCUUCAAAAAAGAAA